GCGCCUGCGCACAGCGCCGGGCGACGUGGCCGGCCGGAAGUGGCCCGUGCGGAACCUCCGGAGGACCACCGUAGUCAGUCGGUCAGUCCCGUGCCAGGUGCUGGUUCGCGCCCCCGCCGGCACCACCAUGCUGAAGAAAUUUGACAAGAAGGACGAGGAAUCGGGUGGAGGCUCCAACCCGUUCCAGCACCUUGAGAAGAGCGCAGUGCUCCAGGAGGCCCGCGUGUUUAACGAAACUCCCAUCAAUCCUCGGAAAUGUGCCCACAUCCUCACCAAGAUCCUCUACCUCAUAAACCAGGGGGAGCACCUGGGGACCACAGAAGCAACCGAGGCCUUCUUUGCCAUGACCAAACUCUUUCAGUCCAACGAUCCCACCCUCCGUCGGAUGUGUUACUUGACCAUCAAGGAGAUGUCCUGCAUCGCAGAGGAUGUCAUCAUUGUGACCAGCAGCUUGACGAAGGACAUGACUGGGAAGGAGGACAGCUACCGGGGCCCGGCCGUGCGCGCCCUCUGCCAGAUCACUGACAGCACCAUGCUACAGGCUAUCGAGCGCUACAUGAAGCAGGCCAUCGUGGACAAGGUGCCCAGCGUCUCCAGCUCUGCUCUGGUGUCUUCCCUGCACCUGCUCAAGUGCAGCUUCGACGUGGUCAAGCGCUGGGUGAACGAGGCCCAGGAGGCGGCAUCCAGUGAUAACAUCAUGGUCCAGUACCACGCGCUGGGGCUCCUGUACCACGUGCGGAAGAACGACCGCCUGGCUGUCAGCAAGAUGAUCAGCAAGUUCACGCGGCACGGCCUCAAGUCCCCCUUCGCCUACUGCAUGAUGAUCCGCGUGGCCAGCCGGCAGCUGGAGGAGGAGGACGGCAGCCGCGACAGCCCGCUGUUCGACUUCAUCGAGAGCUGCUUGCGCAACAAGCAUGAGAUGGUGGUGUACGAAGCCGCCUCGGCCAUCGUCAACCUGCCGGGCUGCAGUGCCAAGGAGCUGGCCCCGGCCGUGUCAGUGCUCCAGCUCUUCUGCAGCUCCCCCAAGGCUGCGCUCCGUUAUGCCGCCGUCCGCACCCUCAACAAGGUGGCCAUGAAGCAUCCAUCUGCGGUGACAGCUUGUAACCUGGACCUGGAGAACCUGGUUACAGACUCGAACCGCAGCAUCGCCACGCUGGCCAUCACCACUCUCCUCAAGACGGGCAGCGAGGGCAGCAUCGACCGCCUCAUGAAGCAGAUCUCCUCCUUCAUGUCAGAGAUCUCGGAUGAGUUCAAGGUGGUGGUGGUCCAGGCCAUCAGCGCACUGUGUCAGAAGUACCCUCGCAAGCACGCUGUGCUCAUGAGCUUCCUGUUCUCCAUGCUGCGUGAGGAGGGCGGCUUUGAGUACAAGCGGGCCAUUGUGGACUGCAUCAUCAGCAUCAUCGAGGAGAACUCGGAGAGCAAGGAGACGGGGCUGUCGCACCUGUGUGAGUUCAUCGAGGACUGCGAGUUCACCGUGCUGGCCACGCGCAUCCUGCACCUCCUGGGCCAGGAGGGGCCCAAGACCAACAACCCCUCCAAGUACAUCCGCUUCAUCUACAACCGAGUGGUCCUGGAGCAUGAGGAGGUCCGGGCAGGCGCUGUCAGUGCUCUGGCCAAGUUCGGAGCGCAGAACGAAGAGAUGCUGCCCAGUAUCUUGGUGUUGCUGAAGAGGAGGACCUUGUGUUCUGGCCACAGGUGUGUGAUGGACGAUGACAACGAAGUAAGGGACCGGGCCACCUUCUAUCUCAGUGUCCUGGAGCAGAAGCAGAAGGCCCUCAAUGCAGGCUAUAUCCUAAACGGUCUGACCGUGUCCAUCCCUGGUCUGGAGAGGGCUCUGCAGCAGUAUACUCUAGAACCAUCGGAAAAGCCUUUUGACCUCAAGUCUGUGCCCCUGGCCACCACACCCAUGGCAGAGCAGAGAACAGAAAGCACCCCCAUCACAGCAGCCAAGCAGCCUGAGAAGGUGGCAGCCACCCGGCAGGAGAUCUUCCAAGAGCAGCUGGCGGCAGUGCCCGAGUUCCAGGGGCUGGGGCCCCUCUUCAAGUCCUCGCCUGAGCCCGUGGCCCUCACUGAGUCGGAGACAGAGUACGUGAUCCGCUGCACCAAACACACCUUCCCUGAGCACAUGGUCUUCCAGUUUGACUGCACGAACACGCUCAACGACCAGACUCUGGAGAACGUCACAGUGCAGAUGGAGCCCACGGAGGCCUACGAGGUGCUGUGUUACGUGCCCGCCCGGAGCCUGCCCUACAAUCAGCCCGGCACCUGCUACACGCUGGUGGCCCUGCCCAAGGAAGACCCCACGGCGGUGGGCUGCACGUUCAGCUGCAUGAUGAAGUUCACUGUCAAGGACUGCGAUCCCACCACCGGGGAGACCGACGACGAAGGCUAUGAGGAUGAGUAUGUGCUGGAAGAUCUGGAAGUCACGAUAGCUGAUCACAUCCAAAAGGUCAUGAAGCUGAACUUUGAAGCAGCCUGGGAUGAGGUAGGGGAUGAGUUUGAGAAGGAGGAAACAUUCACCUUGUCCACCAUCAAGACACUUGAAGAGGCUGUGGGCAAUAUUGUGAAGUUCUUAGGAAUGCACCCUUGUGAGAGGUCAGACAAAGUGCCAGACAACAAGAACACGCACACGCUGCUCCUGGCAGGCGUCUUCCGGGGGGGCCAUGACAUCCUGGUGCGCUCCCGGCUGCUGCUUUUGGACACAGUAACAAUGCAGGUGACAGCCAGAAGUUCGGAGGAGCUGCCAGUGGACAUCGUCUUGGCAUCUGUGGGCUAAGGGGCCAGCCUGCAUAGGACCAAGUCCUACCCUUUCCCCCCAACACUGUGCAGAAGUCAGGCCUUCCUUAUGAACCCAGUGGAAAGUCCUUUCCAAGCCAAUUGUAUUCAAAAACAAUGAGGAAUCAAUGAGGGUUUUUUUUUUUUUUUUUUUUAAUUUAACCCCUGCCCCAAAACUCCCUGCUGAGGGUAACUUUUGAAAGAGGGGGGUGGUUUUAGCUUGUCCUAGAACUUGCUGCCUUGCCUGCCAGGGAAGGGACAUCUCAAAUGAAUAAAGUGCUUGCACCACCUCUUGAAUUGAUCCCCUAAGGAACCAUCUUAUCCCUAUAAAUAAAAUCAGCAUGUAUUUAUUGAAUGA